AAACUAAUAGUUAUACGUGUCUUAUUACAAGAACGAGAAACCGAUAUAAUGAAUAUCUUAGCUGGUUUGGAUGAUUAUAACAAUGAAAUUUUCAAAUUUUUUUCAGUUAUAGCAGGGAUAAAUCAUUUUAAAUAUUUGUGUCCACUUAAAGAAUUCUCAAAGCUAAAUGAUAAUCCAGAGAUUGAUAGCAAUAUCUUGGCUAUAAGGAUAAGGCA